AUAAAAAACAAAACCUUCAUUAUACAGUCUAAUACAUGUAAAUAAAUAACAACUUGCAGACUUGUUUAUUAGACUAACACAUUACACACGUAUUAAUUGCUUCUUAUAACCUCCGCUGUCAUUAUUUGCUUAAUUUGAUAAUCACAAAAUUAUGCAUCUAAUUUUUGAACGAGUACUUCUCUAAACAACUUUCAUAAAUAAUGGCAGUUUCAAUCAAUGAAAUUUGUGAAAAUACUAAAUUGGCACGUGAAAUGGCAUUGACUGGAAAUUACGAUACAUCUGGAGUAUAUUACCAAGGCGUUGUUCAACAAAUUCAUCGAUUACUUACAAGCAUUGCAGAUGCAACACGGAAAGCUAAAUGGCAGCUUAUUCAACAUCAAAUUGUUCAAGAAUUUGAGAAAGUAAAAGCAACGUCAAAUACUUUACAGCUUUUUAAAGUUGAUACACAUGGAGAACGAUUAUUAGGUAAUUCAUGUUUAUCAUUUGAAGAACCUACAAGGGAUCCGACUUUAUGGACUUAUAAUAACUCAGAUCAUUCAUGGAAUCCAACAGUAUCAAAAGAUCCAGAUGUGUGGCCACCAUUGACACCUGCAGAACAAAAAAGUAUUAGACCACUGAAAAGUCAAACAAAACAACAAAAUCGGACUAGUACUCGAAAACCUGUCGUUACAGGAAAAAAAGUAGACAUUAAACCAGUUGUUAGAAAGGAUGAUAAAAAAGCAUCAAGAAAAGAUGACACGAAUAAAGAAAAAUGUGAGUCUGACAAAGUAGAUAUAGAAGUAGAAGAACGCAAAUUUGAACCAUCUGGUAGUGACAGAGAUUUAGUAGAUUUAUUAGAAAGAGAUAUUGUUCAAAAAAAUCCGAACAUUCAUUGGGACGAUAUAGCUGAUUUAUAUGAAGCAAAGCGAUUAUUAGAAGAAGCUGUUGUACUUCCAAUGUGGAUGCCAGACUUUUUUAAAGGAAUUCGUCGACCUUGGAAAGGAGUACUUAUGGUUGGACCACCAGGUACUGGAAAAACAAUGCUUGCUAAAGCUGUGGCAACUGAAUGCGGGACAACAUUUUUUAAUGUAUCAUCUUCUACACUAACUUCAAAAUACAGAGGAGAAUCAGAAAAACUUGUUCGUCUUCUGUUUGAAAUGGCAAGAUUUUAUGCACCUAGUACGAUUUUUAUUGAUGAAAUCGACUCUCUAUGCUCCAGAAGAGGAUCUGAGUCUGAACAUGAAGCUUCACGACGAGUGAAAUCUGAACUUCUUGUUCAAAUGGAUGGUAUAAGUUCAAACAGCGAAGAUCCAAGUAAAGUUGUAAUGGUACUGGCAGCAACAAAUUUUCCGUGGGAUAUCGAUGAAGCUCUACGAAGGCGAUUGGAAAAACGUAUUUACAUUCCAUUACCUAAUCAUGAGGGUAGAGAAGCAUUAUUAAAAAUUAAUCUACGAGAAGUAAAAGUAGAUUCAUCGGUAAAUUUAUCGGAUAUUGCCAGAAAGUUAGAGGGUUAUUCUGGCGCAGAUAUUACAAAUGUUUGCAGAGAUGCAUCUAUGAUGUCUAUGCGGAAGAAAAUUGCAGGCUUAAAGCCUGAUCAAAUUAGACAGUUGCCAAAAGAAGAAUUAGACUUACCUGUAUCUGCAGCAGAUUUUGAUGAAGCUGUUGAAAGGUGUAAUAAGAGCGUUUCCCAAGAGGAUUUAGAAAAAUAUGAAAAAUGGAUGAGUGAAUUUGGUUCGUCUUGAUAUCAUUCCAUUCAGAAAAUAUAAGUAUACAAUAAGUCAUUUAUUUAAAACAAAGUCUUUUAGAUUUUCUAUUUGUUAAUGCAAAAUAUAAACUGUUAUUUCUUAAAAUA